AUGGCGCUUUCUGUAGCGCCAUCUUUGCCGUCUCUAUAUGGACUGUCGGCUGUGUCCGGCAUCAGUUUUCACCACUUGUACGCGCGGCGAGUAGAGAUCGACUUCAUAGUAUGGCACCUGCUCGGCGUUGGGGUUGCAAUCUACUGUGCUCUAUGCGCAUGGUUCACAGUCAUCUGGGGAUUUACUCUGGGAACGGCUCUGAAAGAAUUGUCCAUAUGUCUUCUAGUCUUCGCUCUCAGCCUGACGAGUUCGAUUCUGAUUUACCGUGGCUUUUUUCACCGUCUGCGGAACUUUCCGGGCCCAUAUGGAGCUCGUUUCAGUUCCCUCUGGUUAUUGAGGAAGAGCUCGGGCGACUUCAAGACCCAUCGGAAUCUGGAAAGGAUACACAAUGAAUAUGGAGAUAUAGUUCGAAUUGGCCCCCGCCUUCUCUCAAUCAAACGGCCAGACGCAUUGCCGGAGCUGAUGGCGCUUGGUAAAGGCGUUUGGUGGGCGCACGCAGGUAGCGACAGCAAGAAGAUCAGCUUCUCACUUUCUCGGGUGCCUGAAGACCAUAAACAGCGAAGGCGACCUUGGGAGCUGGCAUUCAGCACGCCAGUCAUGGAAAGGUUUGAUGCGGGCAUACAAGAACUCAUCGGCAUAUAUAUCGAGAAAACGAAGCAACAAGGCACAAUCGAUGUUCCUGACAUGCUCGGAAAGUUAUCAUUCGAUGUCAUGGGACUUGUCGGAUACGGACACUCUUUCGGUAACACAUCAAGUGGCGUGGCACAUCCGGGUCUCGUUGCGAUGCGAAAAGCCCACUAUGCUUUUGGGACGCUUCGGUGGACAGCCUGGUUGAUGCAGAUGCUAGAGAGUCUCCCAGGUGGCGGCAGCGAUUUCGUGCCUUUCCUCAACCUUUGUGCAGGCGUGGUGCGUGAAAGACAGAAGCAGCACAAGUCUCAGAAACUGUCAGGUGAGCAGGAUAACAACAAACGCAAGGACGUCAUGGCACAUCUUCUUGAGGCCAUGGACGAAGGCGGGCCCAGUGCGCCUCCGACAGAGGAAGCCCUUGCUGGAGAGAGCAGAGUCAUGAUUGCAGCCGGAGCCGACACCACACAAAGCGCCCUGGCUAACGUUGUUUGGUUCAUGGCCGCGGAUCAAAAGACUCUGAAACACCUUCAAAAGCUUUUGGACGACAUCUUUCCUGGAGGCGACGAUACUUUCAGUUACGCCAAACUCAUCGGAAAUAGCGAGGCACUUGCGUGGACUGACGCCAUUUUAAACGAGACAUUGCGGGUCCGUCCGCCAGGAAUCAGCGGCAAUCCUCGUACCGUUGGUCCAGAAGGAAUGAUUAUCCCCGCGUCUGAAUACGGGCCCGAAAUUUGUAUACCUGGUGGGGUGGAUGUUCUCUCCCCAACCUGGGUGAUACACCGCGACGAGAAGUCAUUCGAAAGACCUACUGAGUUUCUACCGGAAAGGUGGAUUGAAGGAUCACAAAUCCGAUGCAACAAGUCUGCCCAUUUUCCAUUUAGCAUUGGUAAACAUGUGUGCGUUGGCAAACCACUGGCCUUGAGAGAAGUGAGGAGCGUGAUCGCACGAACGGCAUUGAAUUUCGAUAUUGAGUUUCCUCCCAACGAAGAUUGGCAAGCUUACGAGGAGACUAUCAUGGAUGCUUUCACUAUGACACUUCCGCCAUUCAAGUUGAUCUUCAAGGAGAGAACAGUCAAGAAUAACCGAGAUUGA